GAUGCCGACCCUUAAUACAUAUUGUAGAUUGUGUCACUUGACAGCUAGGAGGGAUGUCAACAGCUUCGGGGCAUGGAGGCGGGGCUUAUGCUUUGUGAUUGCCAGCUUGUCCCAGGAUCACUACAGAUUGGCAUUUAUGGACGACUUUUCGCAAGAAUUCUUUCAAUAUCUUUUAGAAUGUUUAAUGACAAUACUCGCCCGAGCAAGGAGCGGUGCAGAGCAGAGCUUAAGAAGACUCCGGUCUGUGGACAAGACUCGCCCGAGCAAGGAGCGGAGCUUGGUUGACUGGGCUCGCCCCAAGCUUAAUGACAAUAUUGUAGAGAUGAUGAUGCCGACCCUUGAUACAUAUUGUAGAUUGUGUACGUAGGAAUUUGAUUUGUAUGUUUUUAGAAUGUUUUUGAAGUACAAUGUAAUCAAAUAUGAUAAUAUGAAUGUAAUCAAAGUUCUUGUU